UCGAUAUCGUCCCGUCUGACGACCCAUUUCACGAUAGCAAAAAAGUGCAAAAAACUAAAUUCUCGGCGUAAUUAAUUAGUAAAUAGCGUAGUUAAGCAGCAGCCAACACCUCCACAUCCAUCCCCAGACGGACCCACGAUCCAGACCCAGUCGAGAUGUCGCUCAAGCCCAAGAUAGUGGAGUUUGUCGAUGUUUGGCCGCGCCUGCGCUGCAUCGCCGAGUCGGUGAUAACGCUCACCAAAGUGGAGCGCUCGGUGUGGAACACAAGCUUCAGCGACGUUUACACGCUGUGCGUGGCGCAGCCGGAACCGAUGGCCGAUCGACUCUAUGGCGAGACAAAGCACUUCCUCGAAGAGCACGUCCAGGAGAUGUUGUCCAAGAAGGUGGUAGUCCAGGGCGACAGCUCCAACUCGCACGGUGGACCGGACCUUCUACAUCGCUACUACACCACCUGGAUGGAAUACAGUCAGGGAAUCAAGUAUCUGCACCAGCUGUAUAUCUAUCUGAACCAGCAGCACAUCAAAAAACAAAAGAUCACCGACACGGAAUCAUUUUACGGAAAUCUGUCCAGCGAUGCUUCAGAGCAAAUGGAAAUUGGUGAACUGGGGUUAGACAUCUGGCGCCUGAAUAUGAUUGAGUUCCUUUCCAGCGAACUAGUGCGUCAUAUACUUGAGGGAAUUGCCGCAGACAGGGCCAGCAAUGGCACCUUAGAUCACCAUCGGGUGCAAAUUAUCAACGGAGUGAUACACAGUUUCGUGGAGGUACAGGACUACAAGAAAACAGGUUCGCUCAAGCUCUACCAGGAACUCUUCGAAGGCCCCAUGCUGGAUGCCAGUGGUGCCUAUUACACAGACGAGGCCAACAAGCUGCUUCAGCGCUGCUCUGUAUCGGAGUACAUGCAGGAGGUUAUUCGCAUACUAGAAUAUGAGAGCCGGAGAGCACAGAAGUUCCUGCAUUUUAGCUCCCUGCCAAAGUUACGAAAAGAGUGCGAGGAGAAAUUUAUAAACGACCGUUUGGGCUUUAUCUAUUCGGAGUGUCGCGAAAUGGUGUCCGAAGAGCGGCGACAAGAUCUGCGCAACAUGUAUAUCGUACUCAAACCCAUACCUGACAACCUGAAAUCCGAGCUCAUCACGACCUUCCUUGAUCACAUUAAAAGUGAGGGUUUGCAGACUGUAUCCGCGCUUAAGGGCGAAAAUAUUCACAUUGCGUUCGUGGAGAAUAUGUUAAAGGUGCAUCAAAAGUACCAGGAGCUCAUCGCAGACGUUUUCGAGAACGAUUCUCUCUUCCUUAGCGCGUUAGACAAGGCAUGCGCCAGCGUUAUUAAUCGCCGGCCGACUGAACGGCAGCCUUGUCGCAGUGCCGAGUAUGUGGCCAAAUACUGUGAUACGCUACUGAAAAAGUCCAAGACCUGCGAAGCGGAGAUCGACCAAAAGCUUACCAACAACAUAACCAUCUUUAAGUAUAUCGAGGAUAAGGAUGUGUACCAGAAAUUUUAUAGCCGAUUGUUAGCCAAGCGCCUCAUCCACGAGCAGAGUCAGAGCAUGGAUGCGGAGGAGGGAAUGAUUAAUCGGUUGAAGCAAGCCUGCGGAUAUGAGUUUACCAAUAAAUUACAUCGAAUGUUUACGGAUAUAUCGGUAUCUACAGACCUGAACAACAAGUUUAAUACUCACCUAAAGGAUAACAAUGUGGACUUAGGCAUCAAUCUCUCCAUUAAAGUCCUCCAGGCGGGUGCUUGGCCGUUGGGGUCUACGCAAGUUAUACCGUUUGCAGUGCCGCAGGAAUUUGAAAAGUCGAUUAAAAUGUUUGAGGAUUAUUAUCAUAAGUUGUUCAGUGGUCGCAAACUGACUUGGCUGCAUCACAUGUGCCAUGGAGAACUAAAGCUAAGCCAUUUGAAAAAAUCCUACAUCGUGACGAUGCAAACGUACCAGAUGGCGAUGAUUCUGCUGUUUGAGACAAGCGACAGUCUGAGUUGUCGGGAAAUUCAGAACACACUGCAGCUCAACGACGAAACGUUUCAGAAGCACAUGCAGCCUAUGAUCGAGUCCAAGCUGUUGAAUGCCAGCUCAGAGAAUCUCGCCGGGGAGACUCGAAUAGAAUUGAAUUUGGAUUACACAAAUAAACGUACAAAGUUUAAGAUUAGUUCGGCUUUGCAAAAGGAAACGCCACAGGAGGUGGAACACACGAUCAACUCUGUGGAUGAAGACCGAAAACUGUUCCUGCAAGCCGCCAUUGUCAGAAUUAUGAAGGCGCGCAAGGUCCUGAAACACAAUGCGCUAAUACAAGAGGUUCUCUCUUUAUCAAAGGUUAGCUUUACGCCCAACAUUGCAAUGAUCAAGAAAUGCGUGGAGUCGUUAAUUGACAAACAAUACAUUGAGCGAACUGCGAAUUCGGGCGAUGAAUAUAGCUACAUGGCCUAGACUGCGGAAGAGAUUAUUUAAUCUUAAACGAACUAAUUUCCCAGACCACAUCCCCUCUACACACAACAAAAAUUGUUAACCAAGCGGCUUAUUUUGUCUUAAAUCCCCUCAUGCAUAGACAGGAUUUAAAAAUAUUCGUUGAAGAAAGGAAGCCAAGCAAAGAAAUGGUCGAUCAAUUUGGAUUUUGUUUUUUAUGAUCUUAGCAUAUUGGAAUAGAAGAUGUGUGGCGAUCGAACGAUGUUACUGAUACUUUUAAUUUAGUUUAGUUAGUUGCCCCACUUUUAUUUAAUGCGUGUGUCCUAUAUAAUUGUAGAUAUAUUCCUUUUAUGUAUUGUAUAUUUAUCUGGUUUUAUGCACACACGCACAAAGCAGAAAGAAUUGCUGGAAAAUGUAUAAUAAAAACCGAAAAAAAAGUUUUCAAAUUCGAUACAAAAUAUUUCCUCCCACACAUGUUUACUGUCAGUUUCCUAAACAUAUCGAUUACGUUACCCUAUCAAUCAGAAUUUAAUUAAGUUUAAAAUAUAUAUAUCGGGCAGGCUCUGAACAAUUUUUUCGGGUUUAUGUGCAAUUCAAAAUUUGUUAAUAAGACUUGCAAUAGAGAUAAUAAGCGGAAAUAUUUCAGUCGGUUUAAACUAAACCGAGAAAAUUCACUCAAGAGAAGGACUUGAAACAAUCGACUAAAUUUCUACUUAAUAAUAAAUUCCUCGGAGUGGUAGCCGGAGUUUGCCUGAAUUCGGUUAUGUGUUAUUAGUUUCGAUCAUUUUCUUCAUUAAAACAAGAUUUUCGUAAUGUUUCAAAAUGA